AUGGAUUCUACUGCUGCUGCGCCCGUUGCUAAGUUGCCUCAGAUGCAGGACCCGUCUGGUGCGGUGCAGGUGAAGGUUACCUACGGUGGUGCAACCCGAAGAUUCAAGCUCCACAUUUCGAACUUCAAGAAAGACCAGCUCCCGGCGCUUUUGAAAUCGCUGCUUGAUAUCCCUGCUGAGCAGGAGAUUGCAAUCUCGCGCUACUCCACCGCCAGCCACGGUAUUAUCGCGCUGGACUCUGCGCACGCAUACCAUCGCUGCCGCCACUCGAUUUACGCAAAGUCGAAGGCUAAGCUGUUUGUUGAAGCCGAGGAAGAAGCUGACGAAGCGUAUCACGCACCAGUCCCAACUCCAGAUGCGGAAGGUUCUGCGCCCGCGGAGGAUGUGAAGGACAUGUCGCUUUCGGUGGCGGAUAUCCGCAAGCUUGUGAAGAGCGAGAUUGCGGCGGUGAGCGAGCGUAUCAAGUCUGAGCUGAAGGUUGAACUGUCGGCGUCGCAGGUGCUGAGAGAGAAGCCGGAGGUUGCGGCGGCGACCGAGAUCCAGCCGAUGCGCAGUGUGGUGGUGUCGGAAGUGGCGUCUGUGUAUAGCGUGCGCUGCGAUAUCUGCAGUGCGCAGAUUGAGAAGGAGACGUAUUAUCAUUGCAAGAUUUGCAAGGAUGGGGAUUAUGAUGUGUGCUCUAGAUGCGUGAAGAGCGGAUUCCAUUGUCUUGACGAUACGCAUUAUCUUGCUGCUGUCUCUGCUACUGUUUCUGCUGCCGAGACCGAGGUCAAGGCUGAGGUGAAGGCUGAGGCUAAAGCUGAAGUCAAGAGCAGCGAGAGCAAGUGCCCGUAUGUGAGGUCGCUUGCGGGUGGCAAGAAGGCGCACAAUGCUUAUUGCGAUGGAUGCGACAAGGAUAUUACAGGCACUCGGUACAAGUGCGUGCGUUGUCCUGACUUUGACUACUGCGGCAAAUGCUUUGAGAAUGUGAAUCAGACGCAUCCGAGCCAUACGUUUGUCGCACUUGAUGAUCCGUCUGCGUACAAGAUUGCGGAGCAGGGCCGGGUGAAGCCUGCGCAUUAUGGUAUUUUGUGCGAUGGGCCGGGAUGCGUCGAUGGACAGAAGUGCAUUUACGGGACUCGGUACAAGUGUGCGAUUUGCGAGGACUAUGAUUUGUGCGAGAACUGCGAGAGUUUGCCGAAUAAUGGGCAUGAUGAGUCGCACCCGAUGAUUAUGCUGAAGACUCCGCGUCGUCAUAUUACGGUUGCAGUUGCGGAUGGUGCUGCUGCUGCUGCUGCUGCUGCUGCUUCUGCUGCUACUACUACUACUACUACUACUACUACUGUUGUCGAGGAGAAGGCAGUGGAGGCGGUGCGGGAGAGUGUGGAUUUGAUUAGCCUGAGCAGCGAGAAUGUUGUUGAGAGUGCUGAGACGAGGGAGGCAGGGAAGGGGGAGGAGUUGGAUGCGCAGUUUGUGUAUCAGGUUGUGGAGGACAAGACAGUUUUCCGACCAGGUCAAGUGUUUUAUCAGUCGUGGUCGAUGAAGAACAAUGGACGGGCGGAGUGGCCAGCGGGAGUGACGCUGACGUUUGUUGGCGGACAGGCGAUGACGAAUGAGAAGGAGAACAGCAGUGUGUCGAUUAUUCCGUUUGAGGUUGAGGUGGGAGAGACGGCGCGGUUCACGGCGAUGUUGCGGACGCCGAAUGAGAACGGGACGUAUAUCUCGUACUGGCGGAUGGUGACGGCGGAGGGAGAGCGGUUUGGAGAUAAUUUGUGGUGCGAGGUGAAGGUUGAGAGUGCGGGGGGAGAUGAGGGAGAGCAGGUAGGAGGAGGAGAGGAGGAUGAGAUGAGUAAGAGCAAGUACUCUGAUGCGUCCGAUAUUUUGUUUCCGGUGCUGAAUGUGCGGUCGAGUGCGGGAAGUUCGGUGAUUGCGCAUGCGGACGAGGAGACGACUGUGACGGAGAGCGAGGUUACGGGGUCGACUGGGUCGGUUGGAGAGAAUGAGGAGGAGGAGGAGGAGGAGGAGGAGGAGGAGGAGUCUGCGGUAGGAGAGGAGGAGUUUGAUGAGUUUAGUGAUGAGGACUUUGAGUUGGUUGAGGAUAGCGAGGGGUCUGCGUUCUAGUCUAGUGUUCUACUAGUAGUGUUGAGGCUGAAUUGAUUUUCGCGAAGGUUUGAUUUCUGCGUUUCGUGUGUUUAUGGACAUGGUAUAUAUAGCUGGAUAGCUAGUGAAUGGCGAACGUGAUUGCUUAAACAUGAGGAAGAGUAGAGGUGUGAGGAGUAGAUGCAGAGUGAGAGCUUGCAUUGGCGAGAGGAAUGUGAGUAGAUUGCAUGAUGGUAGGGAGAGAAGGGGAAGAAGGAGAAGAAGGAGAAGGAGAAGGAGAAGAGAGAGCAGAGACCGAGGCGGGUGAG